AUGCAGAAGCGAGUCAACACCGUCCUCUUCCAGGAGCAGGAGCGCGACCUCCAGCGCAGGUGGGCCCAGUUUGUCGAGGGCGCACGCUUUGAGACGGUCAUGGCCGUGCUCAUUCUUUUAAACGGCUUGCAGAUGGCCUUCGAGGUGCAGCAUUCAGGGCUCAUUCGCGGUCAUGACCUCGGAUACGGCGACUACGCUGACAGUCCAAGUCCUUGGCCUGGGGCAGAGCGCGUAUUGAAUGUGCUUGGCACUUUUUUCGGCAUCGUCUUCACAUGCGAGGUGUCCCUCAAGAUCGUCGUCUUGCGCAAGAAGUUCUUCAGGUCCUGCUGGAACUUGUUCGACCUCUUCGUGGUCCUCUGCUUCCUUGUCGAGGCUUCGGCCGCGGAAAACGGCAGCCUGGCAGAAACCACCGCCCUCCGGUUGGCCCGGCUGGCCCGUUUGUUGCGGUUGAUGCGGGUGCUUAGGCAGAUGCACGGUUUCGACACGCUCUUCCUCAUGACGACUGCCCUCCAAAGCAGCAUGUACGUCCUUGCGUGGUCUUGCGCGUUGCUAUUCAUCAUCCAGGCGCUGGUCGCUUUCUCCUUCAACCAGAUUUUGGCCGAAUUCUACUCAUUUCAAAGACCUCCACAAGCCGCUGGAUGA